CUAUCAGUGCCAGUCAGUGCCGCCUAUCAGUGCCACCUAUCAGUGUCAUCAGUGCCUCCUCAUCAGUGCCCAUCAGAGCUGCCUAUCAGUGACCAUCAGUGCAGCCUAUCAGUGCCUAUCACUGCAGCCUCAUUAGUGCAUAUCAGUGAAGGAGAAAAAUCACUUAUUUACAAACUUUUAUAACAGAAACUUUUUUUUCA